AUGGCACUCUUGUCCAUGAUGCCGUCCCCGAGACGAUGGGUUGCUCUACUCUCCCUUUCCCUUGCGCCAGUUCUGGCCAUCACCAAACCCGCUGUGACCACAACGAAAGCCGCUGCCGCCGACUAUUAUGUUCGCAACCUUCCAGGUUUACCUACCAAUGGCCCCGAGGUCAAGAUGCAUGCUGGCCAUAUCGAAGUCACUCCUGAAUCACAUGGAAACUUGUUUUUCUGGCACUUCGAGAACCAGCACAUCGCCGAUAAACAACGGACCGUUAUCUGGAUUAACGGAGGACCAGGUUGUAGUUCAGAAGAUGGUUCCAUGAUGGAAAUCGGCCCCUAUCGACUGAAGGAUCAAGAUCACUUGGUCUACAACAAUGGCUCCUGGAACGAAUUCGCCAAUCUCCUUUUCGUCGACAACCCUGUCGGCACCGGUUACAGUUCCGUUGAUACUAACGAGUACAUACACGAGCUGAAGGAGAUGGCCGACCAAUUCGUUAACUUCCUUGAGAAGUGGUUUGCCCUCUUCCCACAAUACGACCACGACGAUCUUUACAUCGCUGGCGAGUCCUAUGCUGGACAGCACAUUCCCUACAUCGCCAGAGCCAUCCUCGAUCGCAACAAGAAGAACCCUACAACCCCCUGGAGUCUGAAAGGACUCCUGAUUGGCAAUGGCUGGAUAUCUCCCGCCGAGCAAUAUCCCGCAUAUAUCACAUACGCUCUUCAGAAGGGCAUCAUCGAGAAGGACUCCGACAACCACAAGAAACUUCAAGCAAACCUGCGCAGCUGUGAGAAGAUGAUGGCAUCCGAUGUUGGCCACGUGGACUAUGGAGAGUGCGAAGCUAUCCUGUCCGACAUGCUCAGGUUGACCAAGAAUGGCGAUGGCAAAGAUGCAUGCGUCAACAUGUACGAUGUGCGACUCACGGAUACCUACCCUAGCUGUGGCAUGAACUGGCCCCCGGAUCUGGUGCACCUGACACCUUACUUGAGGAAGCCUGAGGUCACCAAUGCCCUCCACGUCGAUACCAUCAAGAAACCUGUUGGAUGGACAGAGUGUAAUGGUGCUGUAGGAGGCGCCUUUCACGCCAGGAACUCCAAGCCCUCCAUUGAACUCUUGCCCGAUCUUCUGAAGGAGGUCCCUAUCAUGCUUUUCUCCGGAGCUGAGGAUCUCAUCUGCAACCAUGUUGGAACCGAAAACUUGAUCAGCAAAAUGGAAUGGAAUGGUGGAAAAGGCUUCGAGGUGACACCCGGUAACUGGGCGCCUCGACGCGACUGGACUUUCGAAGGCGCGAACGCUGGCUUCUGGCAGGAGGCUCGAAACCUAACCUAUGUUCUGGUCUACAACUCGUCUCACAUGGUGCCUUUUGAUCUUCCACGACGAAGUCGGGACAUGCUGGAUCGCUUCAUGGGUGUCGACAUCAGCAGCGUUGGUGGUGACCCUGCCGACAGUCGAAUUGAUGGCGAGAAGGGGCCUAAGACCAGCGUUGGCGAUGCAAAGAACAGCACUCAGACUGCUGAGGAAGACCACCAAAAGCAGCUGGACGAAGCCAAGUGGGCAGCUUACUACAAGUCUGGUGAGGUUGUUCUGGUUAUCGUCAUUAUCGGUGCCGUUGCUUGGGGAUACUGGAUCUGGCGCGAGCGUCGCAAGGGUCCCAGCUAUUCUGUUCUGGCCGAUCACGAUCUCAACAACCGACCUAAUAGCCACCGCCCCAAGUCGCAGCCUGGCGAUCUCGAGUCUGCAGCUUUUGACGAAAGCGAACUUGACGACUUACAUGUCACAACGCCAGGCACCAGCUCAAGUGCUCGGUUUCCAGUGAAUCGUGACGGUAGCGAGAAGUUCGUCACCAAGUAUGCCGAAUAA